UAUUUACUCUGCAAGCGUUUGGUUCGUACCAUCGGAUAAAAUGACACAGAACCCUCUGCUGUCGUUUGAGAUCGAGUAAAGUUUCCAACUUCAUCUAUUACGAAAGGAUAUUUUCACAAUUCUAGAAUAACCUGGUGUAUUCGAAAAAAAUAUAUAAAAAUAAUGAGUGCCAUGAAUGUUGCAACAAAACAAGAAAAUAUAUACCAAAUUGGCUAGAUUGUUUCAGAGUUUUGUUUUUCGUUUGUUUUUGUUAAAUUGCUCGAAUGAAUAAACCCGAAUUUGCAUUGAUUUUUUGAUUUGUGUGAAAAUAAAGCAAAAUAUAAAACUCAUAAAAAACGCAGCGCGCCAAUGCAAAUUUACGCCGCAACAUAUGACAAUUUGCAUAGCGUUUCCAUUCCAGAGGAUAAAACAAAAGUAAAGGAAAUAAUCGUUCGAAAAAAUGAAUAUUUAUAAAAACUAAAACAAUUUCCAAACUCAACGAAAAAGUGUACAUUUUCCAACAGAUUCUGCGUUGAUUUCAUAUAACUACAUAACAAUGAGGUCUUCUCUUAAUCCGUUUGUGUUUUAAGCAUAAUUUUGGAUAAUAUACGAUAAUAAAAAGAAUGUUCUUAAAAACAUUGCAGACGAGACCUUUAUAAGCAGCUAUAAGACAAAAAGGGUACUCGACCCCACUACGCCUUUAAAAUAAACGCCAACAAAAGAAUACAACAAACGCUUCAGACAAAACCCGAUAAGAGCCCACCACAAAGAGGAGAGAACAAAACUCAAAACAAAACACAAAAAAAAACGAAACAUAAAGGACGAACAAAGCAAAUAACAAUUUCGAAGAAACUAAAGCUCGUCUUGAGGCAACAAUUGCUGAAAUUGUUUUCUCUUGUCGAAUUUUCCCAACGAGUUGGAAAACAAAUACAAAACAAUAGGAAAUUACUUUCGGUGCAAAAGUUCGCAGCGAGAAGGAAAAGGUCCGUCGAGAAGAGGAUUCGGAAGCCAGCGAAAAGGGUUACAAGUUAGCAGCGGGCACUAUUGACAACCCGCGGAGCAGCAAUGGCUUUAAACGCUCUUGUGGUUCUUGUAAUAGCGAGCGGGGUGGUGUUUGCCUGUGUCUAUGCCUACCCUCCCAGCUACUCGGAUGAACCACCUGUGAUCAACGGCAAUGAAAAUGGCGGCGACGAUGAAGAUGGUGGAGGCGGUGGUGGUUAUGCGAUGCCACAGUUCCAUCACGGUUACGCUCAACUGAUUCAGCAACACUAUCAAGAACACAACAAGCCCACUGCCGCAUUCACUGCCGCCUCAAAGAAAACAACAACCUCAACAACAGGCUCAACAAAACCGGCUGCAAUAUCCGCAACAACGGCAGCAGACAAACUGCCCCUCGAACCAGCCUUCGUUUACAGCGCCCAAGUGCCAGCCCACAUGGAACCGGAAGCCAACAAGGUGGUCAAUGCCGUUAAGCUUGCCAGUUCCACGGUGGCUGCCUCAGCAGCUCACCACCACCCGCCAUCAACGUCAUCCUAUCAAACAGGCAGCUAUGACACGAGCUCAUACCCAGAAAUGAGUCCUAAUGACAAUGUCGAGCAGUAUGGCGACCUGUCAAAGAAACACAAUGUCGGUUCCAGCCCACUUGCAGUGGCGGUUAUAUUAAACGGCGACCAACCCGAGUUCACUGACGCCUUAGGCCAAAAAGUACCCAAGCCUCAACCAUCUCUACAGGUUGCAAGUCCCAUAGAUCUAUUGAACCCGGAUCGCUAUGAAUUCUACACUUUCGAUGAAAACGGCGAACUUGUCAAACGCCUCAUGACCAUGGAAGAAAUUCAAAGCAUUGUUGCCAAUGGUGACGGCGAAGGUCCAACUAUUAUCCAUCAUGGGCCAGUGGAGGAUAAGGAUCCCGAGAAAAAUGUCCAAGAUAUUGUGAACAGUGUGCAAGAUGUUCUUAACAAGGAAGUGGAGUCGAACAAAAAUACAACCUCAGACAUUCUACCAGUUUUAGACACUCCGGAUGUCUCCUCUUCGUGGUCAAUGAUUCUUCCGGCCAUAUUUGGAAAUACCGGCAGCGUAGACAUAUUCCCGCAACAAAAACCACAACAAAUAGUCAUGACUCCAGAUAGUGAAAUUUUGGAAAAUUCAUCUGAAGCCCCUGUAACGACAACAACUCCACAUCCGAAGCCCAGUAAACGCAAGCCAGGACACAAACGCAAGACGAGCACAACUACAACCACGACUACGGAAAUGACCCCCCAGGUUAUCCAAGAGGAACUCGAUUCGCAUGAGUCUGUGUACACCGGCAUGCAGCAGUAUCAGCACUUGCAAGCUUCCAUGCAAAACUACGGAGAAUUUUCGCAAAUUCACAUGCAGCCCAUAUACCACAAGUUGCCAGAACAGUUGCAGAUUGAAACUACGACAAAGCGCGUUUUCAUUAACAACCAAGAAGUUGUUCAGACACCAACAGCUGCGGCAACUGAGACAAUUUUGGAUGAAAAUUUGGCCAAGAAGCCACCACACAUCCAGCGCAAACCUUCACCUCCACACCGCGUUAAGAAGCCCAAUGGGGGCCAAACAACAACGAAGCGUCCACAAGGUACAAAACAGAAGACAAAGAAGAAGCCCUCCACUACAACUACAACGACAACAUCCACAACAGUUGCUCCAGAAACCUCAACCAUGGCGGAGACCAUGCCACCAACACAGCAGUCCACCACUACCUCUACGACGACUGAAACUCCUACAACCACAAUUACAACAACCGCCCCAACUACAACAACUACCAUGGAAAUUCCAACAAGUACCGCAACUUCUACAACAACUACAACUACUACUGAAAGUGAACCUGUUCAAACAACAGCUGCACCUAUCACUCCUGUCACCAGCACCACUUCUGCCCCCAAGAAGAAGAAGAAGAAGCCCACACGGAAACCCAUUCAUCACCCCACAAUUUCGGAAGGUACCUCUACAACAACUCCGUUGCCAUCUACGACGGAGAGUACCACGGUACCCAUUGAAACCGAGCCUGUGACUACAACUACAUCUACUCCUGAAAUUCAACCUCCAACGCAGACUUCUACUACAGCUCCAAAGAAGAAAAAGAAGAAGCCCACACGACAACCCAUUCACAGCACCGUUUCUACAGAAUCCGACGAUUUGCGCAAACCACAUCCGCACAGGCCUAAGCCGUCUCAUUCUUCACACACGACGGGUGACUUAGCUGCCGAAGGAACCGCCCACCAAGAAAUUGCCCACAACAAAUACCAGCAUGUGUCCCACCACAGGCCACGUCCCAAGCCACAAAAACACACUACAACGCAGAAGCCCACAUCUACGAAUACACCUACCAGUACCACCGUUGUAUAUGCUCCAGUCCCCGAAGCAACUGCUGCAACGUCACAGCAGCCAACAUUGAUUGUGGAGGAAUUCCCUGGAUAUCAACCUUCGAGAAUCGACACCCCAACUACAGUUGUCGCCGUAGCAACCAAACCGUCUACAACAACACCGGCCACACCAACCAGCUCGGGUACUUCGGGCUAUCCCAUACCUUCUUACGGUUUGACUAUUGAUGCUUUGGAAGAAUCGGACGAAUAUACUUUGAAAAAGGAACCAGAAACACCAAUGCCCAUUAUGCAACAAAUUGAAACAAAACCCUACGACCAGGAUCUGCAUGCAAUGCAGUCCUUCGAUCAAAUAUUGCAGUCACUGAAGCAGCCCGAAUUGGAACAGAAGGUGGAAUCGACACAAACGCCAACUAAGGCUCCAAUAAAUCCGGUGAAAUAUGACAGCGCUGAAAACAUGGAUCAGUUGGAAGAGAUGGCCAACAAACACAUGCUGCCGGUUGUCAAUCUUCCCAAUCUAUCCAAUUAUGGAACCAAUAGCGAUCAGCAGGAGAGCACGCAAAACGAACCUGCAACUGAUGCAUUGGAUGAAAUCGAUACAGACGUGUCGACACCACUAAUUAUCCUUGGAGAGGAGGAAACUACGGAAACAACACCAUCAGCUGUACUCAGCUCGAAAUCUGAUAUGACCACUACGGAUCGUUAUGAAGACACCACGCUGCAGUACACAUCUGAAGAGGGAGGAACCAAUGCCGAAUUUCAAAUCACCACCGAGACUCCUGAUUCACUUUCCGAUACAACUGAUUGGGAGCUUAACCACCGCACGACGGAAACUAGUGGAGAUGCAGCCGCAACAACAGAGAUUCCUGAACAACUAUUCGACGAGGACACUAAAGACACCACCGGAACUACCGGAUACCCAAUCGAGGGGGAAACAACGGUUGUCCAAAAUGAAGGCUUGGAAACAACUUCAUCGGAAGCUGCCAUAACUCAACCGCAAUUAAUCUAUGGCGAAACCACAGCCAGUUCUGAGGAAACCCCGGAUGAAUCAACGUCCAUGGGACAGACCAGACUUCCAGUUGCUGCACCUUCAAAGCAUACCGAAACCAUGCAGGACGACGACAAGACCGAUGAAAAUCAAACUAUCCUGGUGGCCGAUCUUAAGCCUCACCUGAACAUAGAAGUAAUAAAGCCCUCAUCCCAAAUAAGCAUGUCCGAUUUCCAAACGCAAGCUGCUACCGUGGCUUCAACCCUCGUAGACGGCACCAAUACCAUGGCGGUCGAUUACAGCAUGAUGAAUUCCAAUGAGACCAAGGAUGAAAUCGCCUUCCUUAUGUCCGACGUUAUCAAACAGAUGUCGAACAAUGCGAACAGCAACGACAGACCGGCCUUCCAUGGCGUGGACCAUCACUACACCACAACGCACCAGAGUGUACCAAUACCCAUGCAUCAGAAUUACGGAAAUGAUAAUAUCCAAUCUAACGGUGGUCAUGGACUCUCCAUUCCCGAUCAGGUCGAUCGUUACACAAAUAUUGCCAAACUGAACACGUCAUUCCUGAUGCCCGACAAAUCGGAGAUGCCACCUAUGCAGCCUAGUUUGUUCGACACCUAUGGCCACGAUGAAAUCAGCACAGAUGAUUUGGACGAGAGCUAUGAAAAAAUGGAGAAUAACUAUGCCACCACUUCACUGAUUGCCAAUUCCAAGCUGGAUAAAGACGAUAGCUCUUCCACUGUCAAAAUUGAAGAGGAGGCGUCAACAUUGACUGUCGAGACAGACAAAGAGGAGGAAGAAGACACAACUGAGGUUCAUAUCGAGUACACAACCCCCCUAACAGAUAAGAGUGAUUCAGACGAAUUGUCCUCCGACAAGGAACAAUCUUCAACAAUUUUCAGUCCAAGCCAAGAAGAACCGCACGAAGACAUAACCGUUAAUCAAAUGACGAAUGACGAAUCCACCGACUCUUCACCAAAUGCCGAGGUCAUGACAAGUUCUGAUAAAAUUUCAGAGACAGACAACACAUCGUCCGUGGCGUCCGAAGAAGAUGCUUCUACAACUCCCAUAACGUUGACUGAAAGCAGCGAGUCUAACGGAGAAGCUCAGCUACCAUCUCUGCCUCAAAUAUAUGGUCAACAGCAGAAACUAGAGGAUACUAGCGACAGAGAGGCUCUCUUCGAAGCUGAUAGCUCCAGCGACACAACGACUCAAAUCGCCAAUAUAUCUGAAGAAACUACGGAAACCUCGUGGCAGAGGGACAGCGAUGAAAAUAAAACUGCAGAAGAUGAAGAAUCAACGACGCACUCCACAGCAAAUGAUGAAUACAUGAGCGAACCUAACGUGGACGGAAGCAACGACCAAGUCACAGUGGCAGAUUCGUCAAGCGAUAAAGAAAGUUCCGACGAUCAAUUCGAAGCCACAACACAACUUACUGAGAGUAGUGAAGAGGAAAUGACAGAAGUGGAAUCGUCUACCAUUAAAGUGGAAUCUGCCGAGGGGGAGGAUGAAAAGACAACGCUUCCCGAGAACACCACAAAUACUCCACAAAUGCUUGACGAGUCAGAGUCAAACUCUUCAACGACACUGGAAGAUAAACAAGACUCCAACGAUGAAAUUACAGAAACCUUGGCAGAAACUACAACUGACAACGUUGACCCCAUUAGUUCUGAUGAAAACUCAAAGCAAUCGUCAGCCAUGGAGAGCGAUGAAGUCACUGCCCAGGAACAUACCACACAGUACCCCUUACCAGCUGAUUUGCGUGUGGAUACAAUAACCACUGAGAUCAGCCAAGAAUCAAUGACAAAUGAAGAACCUAUGGAAACUACCACUCUCAACUACGCCAUGAGCGAAGAAACAUCCGAAGAACUGAAUGCAAUGAUUUCCGAGGAAGAUGAAACCGAUGAGUUGACCGAUGAAGAUCCAUAUAUUAAGUUGGGAGAAACAACAACAUCGAAGCCCGAUGAAUCAGCGACUCUGAAGUCAGAAAUCUCCAAUCAAAUGGAAUCCGCACAUGACGAGUUGCAAUCGAACGAAUCACAAUCGGUGGUCAGUGUUCAACCCGAAGUAUCUGAAUCAACUUCUGAAGAGUUCACAAAACCUACAGCUGAGAGCAACGAGAGCGGCGCUGCCAAGCAGCCACAGCCCGGCGACUCAAGUCCUGAAGAAACGCCCAUGUUGUCGCCACCAAAGCCCAUCAACUCAAUAAUCCAAAAUGAUGUACCCACAGUCGGUGUGGACCCCGCAUCACACAAUGACAACGAUGAACAAAUAUUUGAGGGAUCUGAUGAGGAGGAUGAGGAUGAUCAAACAGGAUAUCAACCGCCUAAAUUGCCAACAAUUAGUACCACCACCACAAGCACUCCCAGCCCUCCUACCACAGUUAGUACAACUACAACACCAAAGCCGACUGUGUCCACCACAAGACGUCUGAAUACCCUUAAACCAGUUUCCUAUUUCAACAAACAACCCGCAUACGCCUUGUAUCAGGACCCUGUCGAACCUCUGUACAACAAACAACCAUCGCCGGCCCAAGCUCCACAGUCUCAACUUCAAACCCAGGAAAAGGUUGGAAACAAAGUCAUUACCUACAAUGCUGUUACGCCUCAACAACGUCCCAUGCAAAGACCCCCCCAACUCAGCAAUUUAAUGAUAGCAUCUUCUCAAGCCACCCGUCCCCCUGUUAAAAUGGAGCCCUCGCCCAGUGGCUCCAAAGGUCUUGAAGCUUCUGUCGCGAAUCUAGACGAAGACAUUCAAGCUUUUGCAAAACUCUGCAACGAAUUGGCCUUCAGUUACUGGAAAUCGAUUACCUCCGAAAAAAUAAGUUCCGCUCGAAGUCUGGUGAUGUCUCCAUUUGCGUUGACGUCCAUGCUAUCAAUGGUAUUCUUAGGUGCUCGUGGCAGUACUUCCGGGGAAAUGAAUGACAUCCUUCGGUUGGACGACAUGGUGACUUUUAAUCCUCACUUGGUGUUCAAAAAUAUCACGGAUUCUGUUGAGAGAGCUAUGGACAGCGACAUAGCUACGACGGCGUUUGUCCGCGAAGUUUUCAGCGAUCGCGCCAAUGGCAAAAUUUUACAAUUCUUCAAAGAGAAAACCCAGCAGCUGUAUGCCGGCCAUGUAGAGGAAGUCAACUUCCAUGUGGUCAAUGACAUUAUUCGCCGGCGAACAAACCUACUGGUAAAGCGCCACACCAUGGGCAAGGUUUUGGAAUAUCUGCGCACAAACAGUGUUUGGGUCAAUGGGCCGCUGGCAACAAUUUCAGCGAAUCUCUUCCAAACCGACUGUUCUCGCGGAUCCACACAAGAUAGGGAUGGCGAACUAUUUUUCCAAGUUCAUCCCACUGUGCGACAACGCCGUCUUGUGCCUAUUCCAGCUGUACUUUUUAAGAGUGGAUUUACUGCCGGAUAUGAACCCAAUUUGGAUGCUACCGUUGUGGCUUUUGGCCGUAUUCAAGAUACUGUUAGCAUGGUUUAUGUAAUGCCGGGACAGCAGAGCACAAUAUCGCCUUCGGAUAGCUUAGACCGCCUCGAAAAAGAACUAAUGGAAACGGCCAUCUCUAAGAACGCCUGGAGCAAUUUGCUCACAUCGCUAAUGGAUCGUCCUGGCAUGGAAGUUCAACUGCCAAGAUUUUCACACAGAUCCUUUGUGAAUGCCACUCUAGGUUUGCAAAAAAUGGGCCUCAAAGGCCUAUUCAAGUCGGACUACGCAGACCUGGGCGGUUUGACGGGUUCAUCCAAUCGUGACAUAUAUCUUUCGGAUAUGAUACAGAUAAAUACGUUUAGCACCUGCGGAGAGGAGAAAAUCGCCGAUCACCACCACGUUGAAAUGUAUCCAGCACCUCCAUUGCGCAAGCGCAAUAAGGACGUGGAGGCCCAUGACGAAGACGACUUUGACUCCUCGGAAGCCAUUAUUGAUUUCGGUUCUCUCGUUCAAGAUUCUGCCCUGGGACGCGGUUUCUACGACGACCUUUUGGAUCCCAAAUAUCUAGAAUUGCCCUUGCCCCUGAGGCCACGACAGGCUCGAGUUCCAGAUGCUCCCAGGAUUAGGUUUGACAAGCCGUUCUUGUACUUUGUCCGCCACAAUCCCACGGGCAUGAUCCUCUUUAUGGGUCGUUUCAACCCACGACUCUUGCCGUGAGCUCGAAUCCCUCGAACUGAUAAUUAAUUCUUCAAAUAGAUUAAUUCGUGUACAUUUAAGCUCAACUAACUCGUUUCCUUAACAGGUCCUUUACUUUCAGAUUUUUAGCAUAUUAGUUAAUCUACGAUUCAGAAUGGCGCCGUGAACGAACAACGCCGUCGCUUACAAUCGCCGCCGCCGUCGUCUUCGUCGAACUCAGCGCAUGAAAUUAAUAUUUAUUUAAAAUAUCGACAUACACAUACUUACAUAUCAUUAUAACUAUUAUUAUUUAUAACAUCGAUAUUAUUUUAUUUUGUUUCGUUUUUUUUUUUUUUU